ACAAAGAUCUGUACAAGGACGUCAUGACGGAGGAUCACCGGCCCCUCACAUCACCAGAUGACUGUACCAGAAUCUCAGAUGGGCAUGUGACAUCUUCAGAUUUUAAAACAGAGGAUUAUGCUAUUACACAAAAUACAAGUGAAGAACAUGCCAAAAUCCCAGAUGUACCCUCAGGUCUUCUCAGCAAAGAUUCAUCAUGUGAUUCUUUUAAAUAUGUCCAAUCUUCACAGAUUGCAAAGGAACAGAAAAGCAACAAAAUGGGUGUUGAACAUCAAACAGAUGAGAUGCUGUUUUCAUGUUUACAAUGUGGAAAAUGUUUUAAACAUAAAUUUGUUCUUGCUAUACAUCAGAAAAUUCACACAGGGGAGAAGCCAUAUUCAUGUCCAGAAUGUGGGAAAUGUUUUACAGAUAAGUCAGAUCUUCUUAGACAUGAGAGUAGUCACACAAGGGAGAAGUCAUAUUUAUGUUCAGAGUGUGGGAAAUAUUUUAGCCAGAAAUCAGAUCUUGUUAGACAUCAAAAAACACAUACAGGGAAAAAUCCAUUUUCAUGUUCAGAAUGUGGAAAAUGUUUUACAAAAAAAUCUAAUCUUGUUAUACAUCAGAGAAUUCACACAGGGGAGAACCUAUUUUCCUGUCCAGAAUGUGAGAAAUGCUUUACUCAUAAAUCAUAUCUUGAAAAUCAUUUAAAAAUUCACACAGGAGAGAAGCCAUAUUCAUGCUCAGAAUGUGGAAAAUGUUUUACAGAUAAGUCGAAUCUUGUUAUACAUAAAAGAAGUCACACAGGAGAGAAACCGUAUUCAUGUACAGAGUGUGGCAAAUAUUUUAUCCAGAAAUCUAAACUUGUUAGACAUCAACUAACUCACACGGGGGAGAAGCCUUUUUUGUGUUCAGAAUGUGGGAAAGGUUUUACUCGGAAGUCAACCCUUCUAUGUCAUCGAAGAACUCACAGAGGGGAGAAACCUUUUUUAUGUUCAGAUUGUGGAAAAUCUUUUACUUGUAAAUCAUAUCUUCUUAAUCAUCAUAAAAAUCAUACAGGGGAGAAGCCAUAUUCAUGUUCAGAAUGUAGGAAAUGUUUUAAAGAAAAGUCAAAUCUUCGUAGACAUGAGAGUAGUCACACAGGGGAGAAGCCAUAUUCAUGUUCAGAGUGUGGGAAAUAUUUUAGCCAGAAAUCUGAUCUUGUUAGACAUCAAGUAACUCACACGGGGGAAAAGCCUUUUUCGUGUUCAGAAUGUGAGAAAUGUUUUACUAUGAAGUCAACCCUUGUUUGUCACCGAAGAACUCACACUAGAGAGAGAAGAGACUUUCUUGUUCAGAAUGUUAAAAAUGUUUCACAGAUAAAUCAUAUAGAAACAUAGAAUGUGUCAGCAGAUAAGAACCAUUUGGCCCAUCUAGUCUGCCCAAUAUACUGAAUACUAUGAAUAGCCCUUGUCCCUAUCCUAUAUAAAGGAUGGUCUUAUGCCUAUCCCAUGCAUGCUUAAACUCCUUCACUGUAUUUUCAGCUACCACUUCUGCAGGAACGCU